UGCAUACGGCUUUAAGGCAGGCAGACUUCAGUUACGAGUCGAACUUUAUAUCGAGAGGAAGUGUUUUCGGAAUUACUAAAAAAAAAGUAACAAAAAAAGUAAAGCCAAAAAAAAGCAAGUGUUCAAAAAAUUACGCAAGCUUACAGCAUUCCGGUGAAAGUGAACGGGAACAGAAUACGGGAACAGACGCACCUGUUCAGGCUGCGACUGUUACUGUGACUGUGGCUGUGCCUGAGACCAUGGUUCCUGCUGAUCCUGUGACAGUGACUGUGACUGUGACUGCGGAGGAGGCUACGUUUCCUGCUGAGGCUGUGACUGUGACUAUGACUGUGAAUAUGACUGCGCCCAUGACUGUGACUGUGCCUGUGACUAUGGUUACUGCUGAAGCUGUGACAAAGAGAGUGACUGUGACUGUAACGGCGGAGGAGGCUAUGGUCACUGCGGUGACUGAGGCCAUGGCUGUGGCUGAGGCCGAGGUUUUUAUCGAUGGAUAUGCUGCUCCUGAAGCAGGCGAAGCUGGCCAAGUGAUUGAUGUGCAGUUGGUAGCCGACACUUCGAACUCUUCUGACCCAAACCCCACCACUAGCCCGUAAUUGGACGAUCUUUUGAAGAGAAACACACCAAAUAUUCUCAGACUGUCAUCGUUAAUUGCGCGCACCGCUUAAAGGCGAUUGAUGGUGUCAUUGAAGAUUUCCCACCCCUUCACAUUUUACACACUACAUCACGGAGCAAAUCGGUGACGUCGCCGUCCAUAUGGCACAUAUGAACAUAUAUAGAUCGAGACGCAUGCAUAUUUAUAGAGAUGCUAUGAUUACACAA